CAUGAACAUCUCCGCCUCCACCGAUGGCACCCAGCCUCGCCCUAUCCUGCGCACUCCCAUCUGCGACCUUCUCGGCAUAGAAUACCCCGUGAUCCUCGCCGGCAUGGCACGCACUUCCUCUGGCCCCCUCGCCGCGGCAGUCAGUAACGCAGGUGGUCUCGGAGUCAUCGGCGGCCUCGGCUACACACCCCAAGCCAUGCGAGACAUUAUCCACGAGAUAAAGGCGAAUCUGCAAGAUCCAAAUCUCCCCUUUGGCGUUGACCUCGCUUUGCCACAAGUCGGUGGUAGCGCUCGAAAGACCAAUCAUGAUUACACACACGGUCAAUUGGACGAAUUAAUUGAUGUGGUGAUUGAGGAGAAGGCCAAACUGUUCGUGUCUGCUGUGGGUGUUCCGCCCGCUCAUGUCAUCAAACGUUUGCAUGAAGCGGGCAUUUUGAUUAUGAACAUGGUGGGACAUCCUAAACAUGCGCACAAAGCGCUGAAAGCGGGCGUGGAUAUUGUUUGCGCGCAAGGAGGGGAAGGAGGUGGACACACUGGUGACAUCGCAACGAGUAUCUUGAUCCCGAGCGUGGUGGAUGUGGCGAGACAGUACAAGUCCCCUUUGACGGGGAAGACGGCGAUGGUUAUUGCUGCUGGUGGGAUCUAUAACGGGAGGUCUUUGGCUGCGAGUCUAUCGUAUGGAGCUGUGGGGGCCUGGGUGGGGACACGUUUCGUGGCUUCGACUGAAGCGGGUUGUUCGCAGCAACACAAAGAAGCUGUUGUCACUGCGCAAUUCGAGGAUACACUAAGAACGCUUGUAGUUUCCGGAAGACCGCUGCGGGUAAAGAUGAAUGAUUAUAUCAAGUCUUGGGAGGUGGACAGACCUGAGGAGGUGAAGAGGUUGUGUGACCAGGGGAUAGUGCCUUUGGCUCAUGACAUGGAGAACUUGCCCGACGACAAACAGGAUACUAUCGACAUUCCACAUUUGAUGGGCCAGGUCGCUGGUGCUAUUGAGAAGAUCCAACCGGCAAAGGAGAUUUUGGAAGAGAUGGUGACAGAGUGUGUGGAAGUCUUGAAAGCUCAGCAGACAUAUCUGGAAGCCGAUAUCAAGAGUAAACUAUAGACCACUGCCAGAUACCCUCCUCCCUUCCCGUGGAAAAUAUCAUCUCGCCCCUUAUUUUUAUCGAACAAUCUCCACAAGCUUCACAUACGUCUCCUGCGGUGCAUGUGUAACCGAAUCCCUCGCAGCCCAAGUAUCAUACUUCAGCGGAACCGGCUCCAACUUAAAAUUCCACACAAUCAACGUCAACAGCACACGCAAUUCGAGAUAGGCCAUUUUGCGUCCAAAACACGAUCGAAUCCCCCCUCCAAAGGGGAAACUCUGUCCCGCGCGAGGGUUAAACACCAUUUUCCCCCCAUCAUCCGGAGAAAAUGUGAGCCAGCGAUCUGGUUGAAAUUCGCUAAUUGUUUGAGGAUCCCAUGUGCCAUUUUUCUCUUUGGACGCUUGACUGGAUGGAGAACGAGAGGUUUCGGGUACGGGAAUGGGUGUUUCGAUGAAAUCGGGGCCGAGUGCUGCCAUGAAAAUUUGCGUUCCUUUCGGUAUCACAUAUCCCAACACUUCCGUAUCCACCAUGGCAUCUCUCGCCAUAACGGGCAAGACUCCCGCGACACGCAGACAUUCUUCAAUC